AGCAGUAUAUAGAUGCAGCUGCAGCUCAUAGUAGUGAGAAUUAGGGCAAAUUAAAAGGCAAAAUGGGCCAUCACUGCUGCAGCAAACAGAAAGUAAAGAGGGGUCUUUGGUCUCCAGAAGAAGAUGAAAAACUCAUUAGACACAUCACCACCCAUGGCCAUAGCUGCUGGAGUUCUGUCCCUAAACUAGCCGGAUUACAAAGGUGUGGAAAAAGUUGCAGACUGAGGUGGAUAAAUUACUUAAGGCCAGAUCUGAAAAGGGGUUGUUUUAGUGAGCAAGAAGAGAGAACCAUAAUUGAUGUUCAUAGAAUCUUGGGAAACAGAUGGGCACAAAUAGCCAAACAUUUACCUGGUAGGACUGAUAAUGAAGUCAAGAAUUUCUGGAAUUCUGCCAUAAAAAAGAAGCUUAUUGCUCAAGGCUUUGAUCCAAACACCCACAACCUCCUCUCUCGUAAUCAUCACCAAAACAACAAGAUGAAAAACAGCUGCAAAUCCAAGACUUCUAAUUAUCCAAAUUCCACCUCUGUUUUCACUAUUGAAACUUUAUCAUCAAGCAAAGAAGUAGGAGUAAUUUCCAUGGACAUUAUCAAAGCAAGUCUUGCCGCAUUGCCUCCUAUUGCUACUACAACAACAAUAACUCUGCCUCAGUCCCAAACAAGUUGGGAUCGACCAUGUAAAUCCUCACUGACCAGUACUACUUACAAUUAUAUGAAUCCCAUUAGCGUUCCCACCACGACGAAUAUGGAAAACUCAAACCUUGCCACCAUUGAAUAUCAAAACCAGAGUACUUCCAAUAAUUUGUUGUCAUCUUCUUCUUCCUUAAGUCCAUCAGGGUUUGGAAUUAUAAAUGAGAAUUGCAUGUGGGAUGUUACAGGCUUUGAACCGCAAUUAAUUGGUCCCUCCAAUGGACAAGAAGAAAUGCAGUUAGUACAGCAAGAAGGAGCACAACUACUUCAGCUUCAGGAAAAUAUUUGUCAAGAAGAAGUCUACAAGGUUAAUCAUGAGUUCAACAACAAUGGACAAAUCGCGGAGAAUGUUACAUUUGACAACUCUAACUUUGAUUUUGAGUUUGUGGAUUCUGCAUUGAUGCCUUGUGGAAUUUACACUAACGUAAAUUCCAUAGAUCAACUUGCAUGGGAUUGUUAAUUACUACUAGCUAACUUCUACAGAUUUUUUUAGCUUUCAGUAUAUAUAUACCACGGCUGCAUGUUAUUUC